AUGGCGCUGGGGUUCCUCCCCUCCCAGGCUGACAUAGCCGUCUUCGAAGCAAUCGCUGCCCCGCCCCCGGCAGACUUGUUUCAUGCUCUUCGGUGGUACAAUCAUAUCAAGUCGUACGAAAAGCAGAAGGCAAGCUUGCCAGGAGUAAAGAAGGCUUUGGGGAAAUAUGGUCCUGCUGAUGUUGAGGACACAACAGGUGCAGCCACAGAUAGCAAAGAUGAUGAUGACAUUGAUCUUUUUGGAUCUGAUGAUGAGGAGGAAAGUGAAGAAGCAAAGAAACUGAGGGAAGAACGUCUGGCCCAGUAUGAAUCAAAGAAGUCCAAAAAACCAGCUGUUGUUGCCAAAUCAUCGAUCUUGCUUGAUGUGAAACCUUGGGAUGAUGAGACAGACAUGGCCAAACUAGAGGAGUGUGUUCGAAGCAUUCAAGCAGACGGCCUGGUCUGGGGAUCUUCCAAGCUAGUACCGGUUGGCUAUGGUAUCAAAAAGCUUCAGAUCCAGUGCGUGGUUGAAGACGAUAAAGUUGGAACAGAUAUGCUGGAAGAGAGAAUAACAGCUUUUGAAGAUUACGUACAAUCAAUGGAUGUAGCUGCUUUCAAUAAGAUUUAAGUCUUGAUACAUCUAGAAUAAAUGUAAUUGCA